CAGCAGCGCAACAAGGAAGGGAGUGUCGACAUUCACAUCGACAAUAAUCACGACAACAUUCAGACCUUCUGUUGUCUUUAUACAUAUAGCGACGGGAUUUUCCUCGAAGACUACUGAGGCUUCAGACCUUCUGUUGUCUUUAUACAUCCAGAGAUGGGAACGGGAUUAUUCUCGAAGACAGCUGAGGCUUCAGUCUACUACUCAGAGACAGAAACAGACUGCCAGCGUGCCACACUGAAAAUGGAGGACGGUCCAAGUGAAAGAAAAACAGCAAGGCUGGAGAACAGUACAGGGAGCUGCUGCAGUUCGGCAGGUCAGCGGUCUGAUCUAUUCCCAUGGCGCAACAGUGAAAAAGGUUCAGAUUACCUGACACAGGUGUCAGACUAUGUAUCCAUGCAUAGACACAAAACUUUAGACUUAGAGAACCCACCUGGUGCCACAUUGACAAUAGGAGACCUGGACGACACCAUUUACAGUGAGGAAGAGGACGAGGUGAAUGGGUGGGGGAAAUUCUACCUUCCCGAGAUAGUAAGCAUGCAGGUUGUAGGUGUAGUGGAGGGGACCUCGUGCCCGAGUGACCAGCUCGUUCUGAUGACCUGUGAGGACAGAAAGGUGUAUGCCUAUGAUGGAGAGAAGCUGCAUUUGGUGGCUUCAAGCAUGAGGCAGCUACAACGCAACGGAAUAGAGUAUCCAGCACCCAAGAGAUAUUACGAGGGAGAGGCCUUCAAACACAAGACCGAGGAGGACUGGGCAGAAGUGCAGAAGAGGCUGGACCAACAGUUUCAUGAACUGGUGAUGUCAAAAAAGUCUGAAUUACUUGAGAAUCUCAAAUUGCUCAAACAAAACAAAGAGUCACAGGAGAUCUGCAAGUCUUUGCACUGUGAGAGGAAGCCGAAAAACCAUCACACAGAACAUGCAAACUCCACACAGAAUGGCCCCAAGCCGGGUUCGAACCCAGAACCUCCUUGCAAUGUGGAGAUAUCGCCAAACAAAACAGCCCCAAAAGAGGGGCACCAAAACAGCCUGGCCACAAUACUGCCGCCAGUGUUUCAGAAAGAAUGGCCCCAGAAAAGGCAACAGAAGUCAGGUGCAGAAAAGAGAAAACAAGGGAAACGAGUGACCUUUUACAUUCCAGUUACCACAAAGCAGUUACGCUGCCACCCCAACUCCAACCGCUCCAGAGGGCGCAGGCGGUCAAGCAGUGGGUCAAGCAGUGGGUAUAGCAGUGGGUCAAGCAGUGGGUCAAGCAGUGGGUCAAGCAGUGGGUCACAAUAGAAUAGAAUAGAAAGCUUUAUUGUCAUUGUACAUGGUACAACGAAAUUUGGAGGCUUCUCCAGCUCAGUGCAGUUAAAGGACUGUUUGUUAGAAUCAGAAAUGCUUGUUAACAGCGACACCUGUGGCCGUUAAGUCAACGAAAGUCAGCGUCGGGUUCGGGCUUGCUCGCUCUAAAUAGACAUGAACGAGCAUCGCUCAAAACA